AACCUAUGAACUUGGGGGAGGAGUUAAAUGUUUUUAUUCUUCAAUCUUUGGUGCCAGUUAAGAGAUUCUAAAAUUUUAUGUGUGAAUCAUCAUUGUCUUUGGAACAGAAGAGGAGAAGAAAACUAAAGUUGAAGUAGUAAUAAAUAAAUCCAAUUCGCCGGGGAAAGAAUGGAUCAGACGGCGGAGGAGAAGUUGGUGAGAGAGAGAAUCAGAAAGAGAGUUAACGAAGUCAGUUCUGUCUCGCAGUCUCUUCUUUCUCCAGUACAAGACCACAUCAAUUUCACCCUUCAAAAGGCAUACUUCAAAUGUGCAUAUGAAUGCUUUGAUAUGACAAGAACACACCCUGAGAUUAGCCGAUGUGCAGAGAGUUGCAGUGUUCCUAUCACAGAUGCGCAGAACCACUUCGAUGAUGAGAUGUCUGUGUUUCAAGAUAUGUUGAAUAGAUCUCUUGUGGUUUGUCAAGACAAGUUUGAGGCUGCUAAGCUUCAGAAGACGAGAAAUGAAGCUGUAAAUGGUCUGGAGCAGUGUGUGAACCAAACUGUUGAUGAAGCUAUGAAGACUCUGCCUGAUCUCGUCCAAAGAAUGAAGAAAGCUUUGUCAAUCACAGACUGAGAUUAUCCGUAACAAUAUACUCUAAAAUAGCGACUCUUUCUAGAAUCGUAGAAUUUAUAUUUUAUUGAUCUCAACAAACUCGAAUACAUCCUAUCAAACAGAGAAAUUAAAUUAAUUGUUGUUGAGACU